ACGACAACAGCACAGGCAGGGGGUGGAGCUGAGACCCACCCGCCAGGCUUGGCUCCUGGACACUGCAGUGCCCUGCGGCGCCCGGUCAUCCAGCACAGGGGCUGCUGGGAAAUGCUCUGGGCACUGACCACGGCCAGGGCGGUCCUGGGGCACAGGGCGUCAGGCUGGGUGAGGACUAUGGCCUCCCACUCGCUGCUGGUGGCCCCCCCGGCGGCCCUGAGCAAGCCGCUGUCCAUCCCCAGCCGGCUGCUGCUGGGGCCAGGCCCCUCCAACCUGACCCCCCGCGUCAUGGCGGCCGGGGGGCUGCAGACGCUGGGCCACAUGCACCAGGAGGUAUACCAGAUCAUGGACGAGAUCAAGCAAGGCAUCCAGUACGUGUUCCAGACCAGGAACACCCUCACCCUGGCCAUCAGCGGCUCGGGGCACUGCGCCCUGGAGGCCGCCCUGUUCAACCUGCUGGAGCCAGGCGACUCCUUCCUGGUAGGGGUCAGCGGCAUCUGGGGGCAGCGAGCCCAGGACAUCGCGGAGCGCAUCGGAGCCCGCGUGUACCCGAUGAUCAAAGCGCCUGGAGGCCACUUCACUCUGCAGGAGGUGGAGGAGGCCCUGGCCCGGCACAGGCCAGCGCUCCUGUUCCUGGCCCAUGGAGAGUCGUCCACUGGCGUGAUGCAGCCCCUUGAUGGCUAUGGGGAGCUCUGUCACAGGUACCAGUGCCUGCUCCUGGUGGAUUCGGUGGCAUCCCUGGGGGGGGCCCCCAUCCACAUGGACCGGCAGGGCAUCGACGUCCUCUACUCGGGCUCCCAGAAGGUCCUGAACGCGCCCCCAGGCACCUCGCUCAUCUCCUUCAGCGACAAGGCCAAAAGUAAGAUCUAUGCUCGUAAGACCAAGCCCGUCUCUUUCUACCUGGACAUCAUGUGGCUGGCCAACUUCUGGGGCUGUGAUGACAAGCCCAGGAUGUACCACCACACCACCCCUGUCGUCAGCCUGUACAGUCUGAGGGAGAGCCUGGCCCACCUAGCGGAGCAGGGCCUGGAGAACAGCUGGCGGCAGNUGCGGGCGGCCUUGGGCCCUUGGCGGGGAAGUGACUCAGCCAAGUGCACCCCGGCCCCUCCUCCCACACUGGGGGACGCCAGCCGGCUCUGCGCUGACCUCGGGGCUGGCAGCCAGGCCCCGCCCGAGGUGACCUCCUCCCCCGGCCCUGCCCCAGGUGCUGCGGAUCGGCCUGCUGGGCGGCAACGCCACGCGGGAGAAUGUGGGCCGGGUGACCCGGGCCCUGCGGGAGGCCCUGCAGCGCUGCCCCCGCAACAAGCUGUGACUGGCUGCCUGCCCCUCGUCCACCCUGGGAGCAGGCAGGUGGCCCCGGGGCGAACAGACUCUGCAGGGGGCACCAACCGGGGGCUGCCCUGCCCAGGCAUCUGUCCCGCCCCAGGCGGCCCGACCCCCCACCACCACCAGUGGAACGUCCUGGGAGUGAGGGUGACUAGCAGCAUGCACAGAACUGCCAGCCCAUGCCCCCAGGUGUAUUCGCGGGACGCCUCCCGUACAGCGAACCUGCGUGACUUCCUACAGGUCGUCCCGACGAUGAAGCUCCAUCAGGCUUAUGUCGGGACGCAAGCAGGGGAUGAGUGCCAGUCUGGGGCCAUGCCAUGCGAUGCUGGUGCCUCUCCCACGGGACCGCAAGCUGCUGUGAGCUCCCUCCCUCCUGGGGUUGGAAAGGGGGCAGUCCCUGCUGGGCAGGCACCACGACACCCGAGGCCGUGCCGUCUGCCCCGCUGA